AUGUCCUCCGCGCCGCCGCGCCCGCCCGCCCCGCGCGCCCCCAGGAUGAAGAAGGACGAGUCGUUCCUGGGCAAGCUGGGCGGCACGCUGGCGAGGAAGAAGAAGGCCAAGGAGGUGAGUGACCUGCAGGAAGAAGGCAAAAGUGCCAUCAACUCUCCGAUGCACCCAGCCUCGGUGGAUAUUCACCCUGAAGACACGCAGCUAGAGGAGAAUGAGGAGCGCACGAUGAUCGACCCCACCUCCAGGGAGGACCCCAAGUUCAAGGAGCUGGUCAAGGUCCUCCUGGACUGGGUCAAUGACGUGCUGGUGGAGGACAGGAUCAUCGUGAAGCAGCUGGAGGAGGACCUCUACGACGGCCAGGUGCUGCAGAAGCUGCUAGAGAAGCUGGCGGACCGCAAGCUGAACGUGGCUGAGGUGACCCAGUCUGAGAUCGGGCAGAAGCAGAAGCUGCAGACAGUUCUGGACGCCGUGUUGGACCUGCUGCGGCCGCACGGCUGGGCGCUGCGGUGGAGUGUGGACUCGAUCCACGGGAAGAACCUGGUGGCCAUCCUGCACCUCCUCAUCGCCCUGGCCACCCACUUCCGGGCCCCCAUCCGCCUCCCCGAGCACGUGUCCGUGCAGGUGGUGGUCGUCCGGAAGUGGGAAGGCCUGCUACACUCCAGCCACGUGUCGGAGGAGCUGACCUCGACCACAGAGUGGCUGGAUGAUUUGGAUCAUUUCACUGUAAACGUUUCUCCUCCCUUGAGUUUGUUAAAGUGUUUGCUGGGAAUGUCACCAAGGCGUCCCCUGCAGUUUGCAGAUGGCGUUUACCUGGUCCUGCUCAUGGGUCUUCUCGAGGACUACUUUGUCCCCCUCCACAACUUCUACCUGACCCCGGAGAGCUUCGACCAGAAGGUCCACAACGUGUCAUUCGCCUUUGAGCUGAUGCUGGACGGCGGACUGAGGAGGCCCAAGGCUCGCCCUGAAGAUGUGGUGAACCUUGACCUCAAGUCCACCCUGCGGGUGCUGUACAACUUGUUCACCAAGUACAAGAACGUGGAGUGACGGGGACCCCAGACGGCGCGGGACGGUCGGGGCAAGAGAAGCGGGGACCGUGCCCCAGGCCCAGGCCCUUCUCAGGGAGACGCCCUGCUCCGCCCCGGCUGUGUGGCCCCUCCCAUCCCUGCCUGCUUUGGUGGCCAUUCACCUGCUUUCCUUGCAACCCUGCAGUGGCCAAGACCUCGGAAAAUGCAGCCUCUAGACACGGCUGGGCUCCGGGUCUCCCUCCCUCCCUCCGGGCAGGCCGAGGGGUUGACUGUGUUGUCAAAAGAUGACACGGAGAAGCUCGGGCCCAACCUCCGCUGGCCGCGCUGCCGCUCCCACUGGUGGCCUGGUCUCUCCGUCCACCCUGGCUGUGCGGGGCUCGGGCAUUUCCCCGGCGGGGCUGCCCUUGGACGAGGGGCCUUUUUGACAAAAGGGUUUUGCAAUUAAAAAACUCAACUCUCACGUCCCCGGAACCCUGGGUGUGACACAGUGUCCUCCCUCCCUCUGGUUCCCGUGACUUCUUGGCCACUCUGUGUUCUUACUGACCUUUAGCGUGAGCUCCCAGGACCCGUGCCCUGCCACAGGCAGAGGGAGGAUUGGCUGGGGGCAUUCCUUGGCUUCCUGCAGCGGCCCAGGGCUGGUCAGGAGUUGGCUGGAGGCGGCUUGAUCCCGAGGCCGGUCUGGGAUGGCCCUUCGGGGAUGGCCCGUCGGGGAUGGCGGCCUGUUCCUUUGCUAGGCCCGCAGGGCGGAAGGCUCAGAGUACAGAGGAUCCACGUCCCGUAGCUUGGAAGCCAAGGUCGAGGGGCCAGGUGGCCUCGUCCUUGGCCGCGUCUCCCUGGUCUUCACAGGUCCCCCUCUUUCAGCGUCUCUGUUAAGGACACAAGUCACACGAGGCAGGGCCUGCCCACAUGACCUCAUUUCCUUGUUACCUCUUAAGGCCCAUGUCCAGAUGUGGUCACACUGCAGCCCUGGGCUUUGGGGCUGAAUUUAGGGGACACGAUACAGCCCAUGAGGGGGGCAUGCAGUGUCCAUCUCUGUCCUCACGGUGCUCCCAUGGCAUCUCCCUCUCUGUGUCACCUAGUUAAGCUCUUCACCCUGGUCACCUUGGCUUGCAAGGAGAGGAAUGGCGUCCCCUCAGCUGUGUUCUCUGGCCGGGCCCUGGCCGCAGGGCGUCCUGCUCUGUGGCAUGCCCUGGCCCUUCCCCUGCUGUCUCCUCCUGGCCCCUGCCCGGCCAGCCCCCUCUCCAAGCUCUGUGUGCUCAUUAGCGACAGGAGGACAGGCCUCUCCGCCUCUUAGACCCCCGCCCCCUGCAGACCGGGGCUGGGGGUCAGGGUUAAUGUUGAUUGAAGGUCGGGCUGAAGGCUGAGAGUGCUCUGAAUGUCCUCCCUGGCUCAGUUGCUAGGCUGGGAUGGGUUGAGAAGAGCAUUUUGAUGGAGGUGGUUUCCCAGCAGGAGAAAGAAAUAAUUAAAACGGCAUUACGGCAUCUCCUGCGGGAUGCAGUGACAUUAAAGACCUCCUUGACAAAAUAUCCGGGGCCGGAACGUUCCGCGCUGCCUUCAUGACUCGCACAGAGUCCUAGCCACCAGGGCCGGUGGCCUGGACCCGCCCGGCCUUGCUCUCAGGCGGGCCUGGGGGGACGUUGCUCAUCCCCAGGGGUUUCGGGGGCGAGGGGGACGGAGAUGAGGAUCUGGAGAGCGCACCUGUGGCCUCUUAGCCAACUCGGGCAGCUUCAGCCUGAUCCACGUCAUCCAGGGGGAUGACAUGGUCAGCGGGAGGGGCUUCAGCUUCUGAGGCAGCCCCUAAAGCCCUGCUGGACACUCGCCUAGCCUCAGGCCAGGCCACUCCCCGCUCUUCCCUUUCAAGAAGGACACUUUGAGGGGCCGCGGAUGUGCGGGAGCCGGGCAGGCGGCUGGCUCACAGCAGGACCGGUAAAGGCUGAGGUUUAGGAGGCAGGGUCUCUCCUGGGGCUGUGGGUGCAGACGACCUGCAGGGUCCCUUCAGGUCUCCUUGUUCUUGAUCCCUGCCCGGCCUGGGUGGGAGAGGGAGGGCCGGCUCUGAGGGCCCCUGUGCCGGGAAGUUCUGGAAGUUCUGGAAGGUUCUUCCUCCUUCCAGGCCACAUCCUCAUGAUGAUUUUUCUCUGAAGCGGGGCCUGGCCCAUGGCAGCGAGGUGAAGGCAAGGCCAUUUGUGUCCACCCGUGGGGGCAAAGGCGUGGACAGCCCCUGCACAAGGAGUCCCGGGUUCCCAGGCUCCUGGGCGGGGGCUGGUCCGGCCCCUGGCCUGGCCACCUGCAGCUGUGGCCCCUUCCCACGUGGCCUUGUGCAAGCCUGACACCCCCCCCCCCCCCCCCCCCCGUGUCCUGCGGCUGUGGUGGAGGGCGGUUUUAUUUUGGAAUAGCUGAAUCCUCUGUUCCUUUGUGUGCCGCUAUGUUAUUGUCUUUUUAAUUGUUCAAAGGACGUUUCCUUUGGAUUUCUGGAUAUUAAAUAAAAGCCACUAAAGCCCUG